GAUUAAACGUAAAUUUAGGUUUAUUCCAGUUCAGUUAGUCUUCUCAAGUGCGUUCUUAAAUUCGCAUUAAAAUGAAAACUUUUGUGAUUUUAUUUUUUGGCGUUUUCUUCAUUAUUUUCAGUGAUUUUGUAAAUGGUAAAACGCUUCACCGAUCAACUAGAGAUGACAAAUACACCACUCGCUACGAUAAUGUGGAUGUUGACCGAAUUUUACAUAGCAAGAGAUUACUACUAAAUUAUAUUAACUGUCUCUUAGAAAAAGGCCCGUGCUCACCCGAAGGACGGGAAUUGAAAAAGAUUCUACCUGAUGCUUUAGUUACAAACUGCUCGAAAUGCAGCGAAGUUCAGAAAAAACAAGCAGGGAAGAUUUUAACCUUUGUCCUCUUAAAUUAUAGAAACGAGUGGAAUCAACUAGUCGCCAAGUACGACCCUGAUGGUAUUUAUCGUAAACAAUACGAAAUUGAUGACGAUUAUGAUUAUUCAGAGCUUGAUUCUGCUAAAAAAUAGAGAACUGUAUUUUAUUAAAUUUGCAAAUAAAUUUUUUUGCUGUU